CAACGUCAACACGUCUUGGAACGCGUGACGUCAGGAUGUACACGUCGGCGAGCCGGAUGUGCAAGAUGGCGGCGCUGCUGAGUUACGCUUAGCUGGUUCCCUGCCGGUGGGAGCAACAACUGGAUCUGUGUGUGGGCUCGGAGCGGUUCGGAGAAGUAGUCUAUUGAUCCUGGAGUUUUGUUGCUGGAGACAUAGAGAGUCAUCAAUUAAGGACAGAGAUGCAGCCCCCUCCUCCGCAAGCAGGGCCUCCUGGCACGGGCGGUCCUCCCCGCAUGGGAAUGGGCAAUAAUGGCUACUGGCGCAAAAGGGGACCCAAUCCUGUACCAGCUGCUUCAGCUUCAGUGCAACCAGUAACAGACCCUUUUGCCUUUGGCCGGAUGACCCCACAAAGUAUGGCACAGGGAAGUGGCCCGAUAGGAAACCCACCGAGUGUUUCCCCUUCGCUGUACCCUCAGCCCAUACCUGUACAUGCAUCGGGUGCAGGAGAUCAAGGACAUGGGUCACUACCAGGAUCUGUACCACAACCUGCUGCUAUGGGGGGGAUGUAUACAAAUGUAUCUGCCCCAUCACCAGCAAGCGCCCCCUUUCCCAACUACCCAGCCGCCACAGUUAAUGCUCAGCCUGGACCCAGUAACAUGCAGACUUUUCAGAAUACAGCGAGUGGACUUGAAAAUGCCUUUCUGCCAGUGCAAAGCAGGCCUCAGUCGACACAAAGCAUCAGUUAUAACCCUCCAUCUGCUUCACCUUUACAGCACUUUGUCUCUGCACCAUCUCAGCCAACUACUGGUUCCUGGGGGUCCUUACAGAGUGCACCUCCUGUCUCAGCUCAGAACUACCCUCUUCCUGUUCAACAACCAUCCCAUAAUGCUCCUUAUUACUCCCCACCUUAUUUAGAAGUGUCUAAUCUGGCCCCUCGAGCCAAUGAAACUCCUGGGCAUUACCCACCAACCACCGUCUCCAAUCCUACCUUUCAGCACAGCUAUUUACAACCCACCGCUUUAAAUACGACAGACUAUAUGCAUAGCCACAAUCCCGAGCAGAACUGGUUUAACCAACCUUACAAGGAUCAACGGCAUCCACCUCUCCCCAGUCCUAACCCCGUACAAUACCCAACUCAGCCACCCGAACCUCAUCAGGAGGCGACUAAUGCAUCUGCUCAUGCCUCCUCCAAUGCAGACUCUGGUACUAUAUCAAUGUUUUUUAAAGGGGGCGAAGAAGAAAAUGUAGAAAUCGUUUCUUCGGACCAGCAGAAUGCAUCUGUUAAAUUUGAUCAUGGCUCUUCUCAUUAUCAGAACGCUGGACAUCAAGGUGUGCCUUCUCUCCUGCCGCAGCCAACAGUCCCGCCACUUCCACCCAUCUCUUUACCAUCUGGCGUUCCCCAUGUCCCCGCGUCUGUGUCUCAGAAUGUUGGAAAUGUGACCCAUCCGCAUUCAGCUUGGCGACAGGACGGGUUGACUGUUAACGAUAAAACCAAUAAACCCAAUGCUGGAAGUCAAUUGCCCUAUGACAAUGCUGAAAAUGUAGAGUGUGUCCAAAACCAGGAAGUCCCCCCCAAUGAGCCCAGUCAUUUUAACCUUUAUCCUUCUAAUCUAAAUUCAGAUAUGCACCGAUAUGGGUCGAUGCCUGGACCCUCUCUACCAAAAAAUGUUGGCAGCCAACCUGAAGCAGGUCCUAACAUAGAGACACCGGAAACAGUGGGUUGUCCUGUGAGAUCCGAUAGCGUUUCUUCAAAUUAUAGCAACCUGAGUCACAAAAGCCUACCUGUGCCCACCCGACCUCCAGAGCUGGCCGGGACUUUUAUUCAGAAGGAGAGCGGGAGGCUUGAAGGUGACUCUUCCCACGGUUUCUUUAAGCAAAUCGAUUCAUCUCCUAUGGUGGGUGAUGCUUUAGGGCAGAAUAUGGGUCAGCACACGCAUCACAGCAAUUUAUCCCAACCACCGACUCCAAGUCCUCCUAAACCUACUGGGAUCUUCAUGACGAGUGCAAAUAGUUCUUUCGAACCAGUAAGAUCACACAGCAUUGGUUUGAAAGCGCCAGACAUAGGCCAAUUGACAAUGGCCGGAGACGUAAGAGAGGGGCAUAAGGUUCCACCAAACACCUCUGUCCCGGCAGCUUUCCCUGGUAACUUGGAACAACCUCCGGAUAAUCUGGAAACCAUAUUCUUAGGUAAAAGAAAUUCUCAUGGAACCAUUACCAGCAACGGGAACCUGUUCCAAUCUGUUGGGGAACCGCCAUUGGACAAUAUAUCACUACUGCUUGAGAAACGUCCAUCGUCAAGGGCACACGGGUCUAACAAGAAAUGCGAAAGCCCAGCAACCACCCUGUGGGCUCAAGGAGAGCUUCCAAAUUUUGGAGGAAAUGUUCUGUUGGCUCCUGCGGCUCCUUCACUCUAUGUGCCCCCUAAAACCCAAACUGAAAUAAUUCAGCCCCCUGAAGAUCGGUCUUAUGAUUCACGCCCAGAUCUGGGGACUUUUCAGGCCUCUCCAGAAGAACAGAUUUCCUCUGAAAACCUUGAGAAUCCCCCAAAGAUCGGAGAUGAGGAGCAGCUUCCCUCGCAGGCAAGUUCAGGUUAUGCCAGUUUGUUAUCUUCGCCGCCCACUGAGGCGCUGCAGAAUCAGCCCUUGCUAAUCGCCCAACCAAAUCAAACCUAUAAUUUGUCGCAGCCUAUUAAUUUUUCGUUGUCGUUACCAAAUCAGGUGAAAAACAUUAAUUCCUUUAAGGAAACGGGAGCAGCCAAUGACAGUACGGUGUUUUCCCUGGCUCAAUGCCGACCUGAGGCUUCUAACCCACCUAAUUACAAAUCUGCAGCUCCUAAUGAUAAAUUCUCUGAAUCUCUUCCCAAUCAGAAUUCCGUUAUGCAGCGGCAAUCAUCAGCCAAUCAAGCGCCCCUCAAUUUAGCCGCGGAAAGCCAAAAGGCACAGAAGGUUGAAAACGCAACUGCCGACCUUGAUAAUAAAAACACAAUUCCGACGACCGCUGCUCCGACGGGGCCACGUUUCCCUGCCAAUCCUAACGGCCGGCCCAGUUAUCAAGCAGAGAAGACUGGCGCUUUAGAUUUUACAGUCCCUCGUCCGCCGGUCUGUUCUGUUGCCAGUAACAUUGCUGCAGGUAACAGUCAGCCAGUUGCUGGAGGGCCGCUCUUUCCUGGGCAGUCUGUCCGCUCUCAGAAUGGUCAGGCAGGCUUAGAUGUUAACAAGCAGGGUUUUUAUCAGCAGGUCACUAAGGAUGGGCCCCCGCAGCAGCCUACUAUGGAUAUUUCACAUCAAGGAGGAGGGGCCCCGCAUGAAUACAUGGUCCCUUCCUCUCAGCCGCUCUCCUUGGUGCAGCCUGCACAAGCACCUCCAGGAGGUAAACCAAUUCCAUACCCUCCACAAGCUGAAAGCCAAGUUCCAACGUCACAGAACCCCAACAGCACUCCUUAUAACACAUACGGACCAACUGAACAGCCUCCCUAUCCAGCCCAGCCUGUUCCUUCCUCAUCAGCUCCAGUGAAUCUCAAUAACACAGCAACAUAUCAGGAGCAGCCCAGGCCUCCUGCCUCCCAUACCCCUCAACAAGCUGAUCCUUAUUAUUACUACAGGUCUUAUGGUGCCUACCAACAGCCAUACCCGCAGCCUUACCAACCCCUGGAUCCAAGGGCAGCGCCUCUUUACUAUCCGGACCCCUAUGCAGCUUAUGACCCCACCUAUAGGCAGUACAGCGGGUCUUCAUAUGCGAACCCUGCCAAGUACCCCUACCAGGAGCCCGAACGUCCCAGUUCUAGAUCCAGCCACUCUUCUGAUCGUCCCUCCUCAAGGCAGGGUUAUAGCAGUAAAGGAGACUGGAAUGCACAAAGUGGUUACUACCCGGGGUAUUAUCAGAAUCAAUAUGAUUAUGCAGACCCUACCCGCUGGGACCGCUAUCCCGGAGCCUAUGACCCUGGCUAUAGAGAUCCCAGGAGUAAUUACUGGAAUUAUAUGUACAACAGCCGUGAUGAUGCGUACCAAAGGAACGUACCCGACGCUUAUACCAGCAGAUAUGACGUGUAUGAAGACCGCUGGCAGUAUGACCCACGUUAUGUGGGCGGCUUUGAUGACGAGCCGCGGAGAGACCCCACAAAGGACGACUUUGACCGGCGCAGUGUUCACAGCGAGCAUUCAGUCCAUAGCAUGCACAGCGGCCAGAGCUCACACAGCCGGAGAAGCAGUUUCAGCUCCCAUUCCCAACUUUCCCAACAUAGCCAGAUCUACAAAAGCCAGCCAGACCUGACUGCCAGCGCCUAUGAACCCCAAAUUCAGAAUCCUCCGCUCAAUGAGUAUUCAUAUGGCAUGUACCCCAAUGACUACAGCACCCAGCAGGCGCUUGAUAAUUACUCUUACGGGUACACCAAGGGCACGGAGUGGCAACCUGUAGAGCAAGUGCCUUCAAGGCCAUUGACUCCAGAGAAGUUUGGGAGCCCACAUAUCUGUGCCAGGUUUGGUCCAGGGGGUCAGUUAAUUAAGGUGCUGCCUAACCUUCCUUCAGAUGGGCAGCCGGCCUUAGUGGAAAUCCAUAACAUGGAGGUCAUUAUGCAGAACAGCCCAGAGCAGGAACAGCUGAGAAGUUUCCCCGGACCUUUAGUGAAGGAUGAAACUCACAAAGUCGACGUCAUCAAUUUUGCUCAGAAGAAAUCCAAGGAGUGUUUUCAGAACGAGAGCCUGCUAGACCAAGAGUCCUCUUGCCUGCUCUGGGACUUCAUCGUGCUUCUGUGCCGGCAAAACGGGACUGUUGUGGGAACAGAUAUCGCCGAGCUCCUUUUGAGAGAUCACAAGACCGUGUGGCUUCCUGGAAAGUCUCCCAACGAAGCCAACCUGAUCGAUUUCAGCAACGAGCCGCUGGAGCAGCAGCAGGAGGAGUCGGGGGCUUCUCAGUUGUCCUUCCUCACGGAUACCUUGCAAAGCACCGGGGAAGCUCUACAAAAGGAGAACGAGCGGUUCAGAGAGCUGCUACUUUUUGGGCGUAAAAAGGAUGCCUUAGAAUCUGCUAUGAAAAACGGACUGUGGGGCCACGCUUUGCUCCUCGCCAGCAAAAUGGACAGCCGAACGCAUGCCAGAGUUAUGACAAGGUUUGCCAACAGCCUUCCAAUUAACGAUCCCCUGCAGACUGUGUAUCAGCUCUUGUCUGGGAGGAUGCCAGCAGCAGCCACGUGCUGCGGAGAUGAGAAAUGGGGCGACUGGCGUCCUCACUUGGCGAUGGUGCUGUCCAAUCUGACCAGCAAUGUUGACGUUCCCACCAGGGCCAUGACGACAAUGGGAGAUACAUUAGCGUCUCGGGGGCUAAUGGAUGCCUCACACUUCUGCUAUUUAAUGGCACAAGUCGGCUUUGGCAUCUUUACCAAGAAAUCCACUAAGUUAGUCCUCAUUGGAUCCAACCACAGUUUAACCUUUACAAAGUUUUGCUCUAAUGAAGCCAUCCAGAGAACAGAGGCCUAUGAAUAUGCACAGUCGCUAGGCACCCAGUCUUUCUCUCUCCCAAAUAUACAGGUUUACAAGUUCAUCUACGCCUGUCGCUUGGCAGAACACGGAUUAUCCUCGCAGGCCUUCCAUUACUGUGAAGUCAUUUCCAAGACCAUCCUGAAGCACCCGUCGUGCUACUCCCCUGUGCUUGUCGGCCAGCUGCUGGAGGUCUCCUCCCAUUUGCGGUUCUUUGACCCACAGCUGAAGGAGAAGCCAGAACAGGAGUUAUUUAUCGACCCUCCCUGGCUGCAGCACCUCCGCACCUUGGAUAAGCAAAUGAAGCAUGGUACUAUAAUUUAUGACAUGGGCAGAACCACACCACAGCAGUUUGCCUGCAGUACACCAAGCUCAGAGAUGGACCAAGUGAGCCAAUCAGAUGGUGCAGGAGCAGCCAGUGACAUACCGACUCAUACAGAUAAUGCACUGUUGGCCAGUCUGCUGCCCAACAUGAUGCCCCCAGUGCAAGCUGUUUUAGUUCCUGCUGGUCCUGAAAAUCCGCCACUUGUAUAUCCACCCUACACAGGGAAUGAUCCCUCCUACCCAGGUACCCCUCAGGGUCUGGCUCCCUCAUCUGGGCCUCCAACUCCAGCUCCAAAUUUUGUGCCAUUUGCUGUGGAACAGGCACCUCUUUAUCCACCUGCUGCUCUACAGCCAUACCCACCCCCUCCCCAGGCAACAGAUUAUGCACCUCCAAUGCAGAUGAGUCAGGAUCCAGGACUGCAAAGGAUUCAGCAGAAUUCCCCCACCAAAACCACCUUCCCCGAUCCUGAAGAUUUCUACGGUGUCAUGGCAAAAAUGGGUCCCGGGCAGAGAUCACGGACAGUGUCGAUGUCAUCAACACACAUGAGGCGGACACGGACAACUUCCGAGUCAUCGACUCAUUCUAUAGGGUCAGGGCGUAGAAGCUCCAUGGGCAUCCAACCCUCGCCUCCUCCAGCUUCUAUCCCAGAGGCAGACAGAGCAGAAGAGAAGAAAGAACAUAAGCCUCAUGGCUCAUCCCAAGGGAGUGGUAGAAGUUGGUUUCCCCUGAAAUUUGGCUGGUUGAUGGGCAAAGGCAAGAACGAAGCACACUUACCUGAUGACAGGAAUAAAUCUAUUGUGUGGGACGAGAAGAAGCAGCGGUGGGUUAACCAGGAUGAACCAGAAGAAGAGAGCAAACCAUUGCCUCCGCCUCCACCAGGGAUGCCGAAAAAGCCCCAGACUGUUUCAUCUCUCCCAGGGGGUCCCCCCAACCCUUCCGUCAAUGUGUUUUCCAUCAGAGCAGCAGGGGCAAGGGGUCGUUACGUCGAUGUCUUAAACCCAGGGGGUACCCGGCCCACUAACCUGGUCCCUCCACCUGCUGAUUUGUUUGCACCUUUGGCCCCCAUGUCUAUCCCCACGAACCUGUUUGUUCCAAAUGCAGUCCCGGAAGAGGGUCAGCAUGUGGAAGCCAGUGCAGCAGAAAUGGUACAACCCGCGGGUCAGAUGGGGCUCAGUAACCCUCCCCAGGCACAGAUGCCCGGCAUGGCCUCUCUGCCCCCUGGGUCCGAUUUUCCAACCAAUCAGGAGGAGGGGCAGAUGGGAGAGCUUUCCCGAUCUAGCUCUCUCAGUUCCUUAUCCCGUGAAGUAAGCCAGCAUAUGGAGCAGGCUCACGUGGCCCCUGCCUCGGGCCCCCCACCUACAGGGGCUGUCCCCUUCUACAACCCCUCCCAGUUUGCACAGCAGCAGCCGCCGCCUUCUGCCCCAGCGGGGGGUCCACGACCUGGGCGUCUCGGCCAGAGGAAAUACCCCUCCUUAAAAUAACGACUCGGCCCCUCCCUGAAGCCUCUUAAACAUUUCAACGGACGUUUCCCACCUGGAGGCUGUACCUAUUUACAAUGGCAGAAGUGGAGACGUUCCUUUUAACGGACAUAAUGGGGAGGAGCUAGCGUUUGUUGGAUUCGUAUGGCCCCUCCUUCCUCGGGUAGCAACCUGGAACUCCUCCUCUUCAUCACCAAAGCUCCGCCCUGCUAGUCUUGUAGUGCCUGAGAUCGACUGCAGCCGCCUAGAAUUCUGCUUUUUUACUACUGGGUUCAAAUAAAAUUAACCUAAUUCACCAGAUCCUUUAGUAAAUCUUAGAAAACCCCCCAAAAAAAAAAAUCUGCCCCCCCAAGGAUGAAUACUGUGAUUUUAUCCCCCCUGCCCCCCCCCGUACUUAUGGAUUCUGUAUAGACUCCCUCCCUGUAUUAUAGAUUCACCGUUUGCUUCCCCUUUGAUUUCGGACGAGUGUGAUGAUUUAAUUCUUAAGUGCAAUAUAAUUAACUGCUUCCUCUUGUGCUAUUGGCUAAUCUUAAUCCAAUCGGAGAAGGCGGUGGCUGCAGAGGCUCCGCCUCUCCGCUGUUUUUACUCUGUAUAGUAGGAGCUGAACUUAACGAGCAACGGUAGCCAACCGUUUUUUGUUUUUGAGUAUUUAAAUAAAAAAUAUUGGGAAAAAACACAA